CCAAAUCUCUUGCCCUUGUUCCCGACUCACAGUGACAGACUGGGAUUGCCGCCAACUCGUUCGCUAUCGCAGCCAAAGUUUUCUGCUUCCAAAUUCCAAUGGCCAACAAUCCCUCACAGCUACUCCCAUCAGAGUUGAUCGACCGGUGCAUAGGGUCGAAGAUAUGGGUGAUAAUGAAGGGAGACAAGGAGCUCGUCGGGACUCUGAGGGGAUUUGAUGUCUACGUCAACAUGGUUCUAGAAGACGUCACUGAAUAUGAGAUUACUCCUGAAGGAAGACGUAUAACCAAGCUUGAUCAGAUAUUGCUCAACGGAAACAACAUUGCCAUUCUGGUCCCUGGCGGCUCACCUGAACCGGAAUGAGAGCGCAGUGGAACAUCCACACUCUGUUAUUGAAUAUUUGCAAUUUAUGCUUUUUGUGGGAGAUUGUUUCCAUUUUUCUUCACCUAGCACUUUUGUUGUUCUUAGGAGGUGACAAGGUUGUAGGAUAUGGUAGAGAAACUUUUACUAAAUGAUGUGUUAUGUUCCUUGUAAUUGCAAGUGGUAUUAAAUACUAAGCUGAGCUUUAUUGUUCAGAUAUGCAAUGGCAAUUCAUCUAAACUUCUCUCU